AUGAAUGCUGCACCACUCAAGAACGACAACAAGAAGGCAGCGCCCAAACGGGACCGAAAAAACACCUUCCUCAUCCAGAAACCACUUCCGCCCAAACCCCUCACCCGUCGCGCCAACGCAGCAUUUGUGAUGCUGGUUCGAAACUCAGAUGGCCAAGGCGCUCGGAGUACUAUCCGACAGGUCGAGGACCGCUUCAACCGGAAUUUUCAGUACCCGUAUGUGUUUCUAAAUGAUGUUCCGUUCACGGAAGAGUUCAAGGAGUUGAUUCGACCUAUGUCCAAGGCCAACAUGACGUUUGGGUUGGUCCCGACGGAGCACUGGAGUUACCCGGAGUGGAUCUCGAUUACGAAGGCUAAGGAGGCAAGGGAGGCUAUGGCUAUGCUACCAUUCGACUAUUACUGGCGCAUCGAACCCGACGUGGAGUACUCUUGUGACCUGGACUUUGACCCCUUCUUGUACAUGCAGGACAAUAACAAGAAAUACGCAUUUACUAUGUCGCUGCCAGAAUACAUGGAGACUAUCCCGUCGCUCUGGAAUGUAACAAGGGACUUUAUGGACAUGUACCCGCACCUUCUGGCCAAGAACAAUGCACUCGACUUUAUUUCUGACGACGGAGGCAAGAGCUACAACACGUGUCACUUCUGGUCCAAUUUCGAGAUAGCAGACGCGCGAUGGAUGCGAGACGAGGCCUAUCAGCAGUACUUCAGCCAUCUGGAUCAGGCAGGAGGAUUCUUCUACGAAAGAUGGGGAGAUGCUCCCGUUCACUCGAUCGCAGCUGCACUCCUUUUACCUAUCGACCAGAUCCACUUCUUCAAGGAGAUUGGAUACUUUCACGCACCGUUUCACAACUGCCCAGCAGAACUGGAACUCCAAGCCAAGUGCCAUUGUGACCCCAACCGGAACAUCAACAUGUCACCAUCAGCCGAAGACAACCAACAAGCCCAAGACCAAGCCGUCAUCCACAGGCUCUACUACGACAUCAUCCACGUCCCCUUCCAGGACAAGUAUGAGGAUAACUGGGACGAGGCCCUUUUCUGGGUCGCGAUUGACGAUUUUAAGACCAAGGCCGCCCAAGCGGGGAUCAACGACCCUCUUGCGAUCCUGCCCAAGUUGGGGUACAAGUCGUAUGAAGAUAUCCGGGAUGUUACGAAGGAAGGUCCACCAAAAUGUUACCGGGAGGGGUGGAAGAGUGAGAUGCUUUCGCAGACUGUGGACGUUGCUGCAGUGUUGGACCGGUGUGAACUCGUUGGUGGGAGGAAGUUUGAGGGGGGUGAGAAGAUUUUCGUCUUGGACUUUUGGGCGCGUUGGUGUGGGCCAUGCAUCGAAGCUGCUCCAGAACUAUCAAACUUGGCAGAGAAGCAUGCCGGACAAGUCGCUGUAGUGGGCGUCAACAACGAGGGGAUCUUUGAGGACAAGGAACACGACGUCGAAAAGUUGGAGGGCUUCCUUGAAGAGAAGAAGAACGCCUUUAGGUACACCUGCUUCAUUGACAACCAGAACCAUGCUCGUGAUAGCGUGUAUAACCAUUGCGGGUAUCAAGGUAUCCCCUGUUUGAUCCUGUUGGUCAACAACAUCGUCUCAUAUGUUGGUAGUCCUGGCGAAGGUUUCAAGCAAGCUUUGAGUAAUUCACUAGACGCCAUCGCUUUGGAGAAGGAGGAAUGA